AUGCCGGUGAGCACCGUGGCCGCCAGCGCCGCAGUCACCGCGUGCGAGGGCCAGUCCCAGUGGCAGGCGGCGCUGCUCCUCUUCUCAGGCACCAAGGUGGACCAGAUCCUGGCGAACGCGGCCAUCUCUGCAGCGGAGAAGGGCAGCCAAUGGCAAGUGGCGAUGCAGAUUCUCGGCGACUUUGACCGCUGGCGGUUGCAGAAGACGGAAAUCACCUACACGGCGGCGAUCAGCUCUUGCGAGCCUGCGGGGAUUUGGCACGUGGCCUUGGCACUUUUCCUAGAGAUGCGGCACGCUUUGCCUGCACGCGAGCAAGGAGUGCAGGCCGGCUCCGUGCUCCUGGCGCUGCGCAGAGCUCUGGGCCUUGCAAAGGCGGAGGAGCUGCUGGAGCGGUUCCGGCGCCUCUGGGAGGAGGAAGUCCCGCAAGUGGAGCAGAGGCGGGUGGCCGGGUUCCGCGUCUUGGGCUCCGGCUGCGGGGUGCUGGCCAUCGACAAGCCCCAGGGCGUGGAGACGGAAGUGGUGAUCUCGGAGCUGCGGGCAGCGCUGCAGCGGCCCAUCAGCUGCACCUCGCGGCUCGAUUUGCCCACCUCCGGGGUGUUGCCGGUCGCCUUGGGGGACGAAGGCUCCGGCGCCACCCAGUACCUGCGCGCUCAGUGGGCGGCGCGCCUGGUAUCCAAGCAGUACCUGUGCCUUUGCGUGGGCGAGGCCUUGCCCGCCACGCGCGGCGAGAUCCGUCGAGGGAUCCGCCCGGUGCCUGGCAACCUGCUGAUGCAAGAGGUGUCUCCAUACGGGCGCCCAGCCAGGACCGCCUACCAAGUCUUGGCCUCUUAUUCCCACCCAGAAAACGAGUCGACGCUGAGCCUGGUGCAGGUUCAGCUGCUGACUGGUCGCAAGCAUCAGAUCCGGGUGCAUUUUGCCAGCAUUGGCCGGCCACUUGCGGGUGACCGACGCUACGGAGGCGCCAAUGAUUUUUGGUGCGAGCGGAUGUUCCUGCACUGCCGGCGCUUACAAGUGCGAGACCUGCGAGGCCGGCGCUUGGUGGUGAAGUCCCCGCUCCCAGCGGAGCUGGCGGCGCUGCUGAAGCGGCUGGAGAAAAAGCGCCUCGCGCACAUCGCGCGCGCUGCGCGGUUGGUAGCCACCUACGAUCAGUUCAAGACCAUCUACGGGAACUUUGGCAUCAAGGGGAAUUCCAAUGUGGUGGCGUCCUCCUUCACCGCCGGCCUGGUCUAUUCCAUCAUCACCAUGCCCUUCGAGUCUGCCAAGAACCGCAUGGCCUCUCAGAAGCCUGACCCGGAGACCAAGCAGCUGCCGUACCGUGGCACAAUGCAGACCAUUUCCACCGUGGCAGGUAAGGAGGGCGCGCUGGCCCUGUACAAUGGCUUCUUCCCCUACUUCCUGAGGUGCGGGGGGCACACCGUGCUCAUGUUCUUCGCAGUCGAGAAGAUGCAGAAGAUGUACCGCACGAUGGGCUGAGCCCCAAGUGGGCAGUUCCUGCCUAGGGUUCAGACCGGGUCUGAGUGUCAGAAACAAGGAGCUCGGCCUCCCUUUGGCAAAGGGACUCGGUUUCCCUCUUAAGCUGUGGACACUUGCCAGUCCUAUGGAUCCUUUCGGCCCCUCACGCAAACGUUUUCCGGAA